AUGGCUCCUCCCGGCAUCCAAAUGACCCAAAUUAAUUUGCACCACAGCAAAAGCGUCUCGGCUAUCUUAGCCAGGAACAUGGCUGUGAUGCAUACAAUAGUUAAAGGACUAAAUGCUAUCUUUCUGCCACAGCUCAGUAGCAAGGAUCUCACAGUCAUCAAGAUAAGAGUAAAGCUGGCCGAGGAAGAGGACAUGGAGGUACUCAUAGGAUCAGUCUAUAUGCUCUACGACUCCAUGGAUGAUCCACCACCGAAAGAGGUAAAAGCCUUGAUAGCCUAUGCGGAAGCCGGGAGGCUUGAACUCCUGCUGAGUUGUGAUGCAAACUCCCAUCAUGUAGAAUGGAAAAGUGCAAACAUCAACCCGCGGGGGGAGAGUCUGCAUAGCUUCCUAGAGGGCACAGGGCUAACCAUUCUUAACAGAAGAAACGAGCCGACAUUCCUGGACUCCAGAAGACAGGAAGUCAUUGAUAUUACGGUUUCUAGGUUCGUAACCCAAAAAACCAACUGGGAGGGCUUUAGAGCUGAUCUUAAAGCGCAGUUCGUUGAGGCCCCAACCAGUUUCAGGACCAAAAAUAAUUUAGAAAAUGCGGCGGACUUCUUAAAGAACGCCAUUGCAAAUGUCUACGAGUUAAACUGCUCACUAAAACCAAGGAGCCCGGUGACUAAGAUCCACUGGUGGAACAAAGAGCUUGAAAAGCUCAGGUUCGAAAAGGAAACGAGGAGAAAAUUCAGUAAGGCAAAAAGAACCAGACUUGCAGCACGCUGGGAGGCUUUCAGAAGCUCCCAACGAGAGUACAGCAAGGAAAUCAAGAAAGCAAAAUACAAAAGCUGGAAACACUUCUGUGGAAGCAUUGAGAGUGCCCCAGAGGCAUUCAGGCUUCACAGAAUUCUCAGCUUAGAUCACCGUCCCCAACUGGGCUGUCUUAAGCUUCCAACGGAGAAUGUUACUGAGGAGGCGUCGGACACAUUAAAACAUUUAAUGGAAAUCCACUUCCCAGGUUUUGACAAAAACAUACAACCUCGCCGGCCGAAGCCUAGGGCCUGGAGUGGUACAAGAGUGGUCUUUAUCCCCGGGCCUGGCAGAAAUGGAUAUAUUUCAUCCAAGGAUUUCAGGCCGAUCAGUCUUACCUCCUUUGUAUUUAAGACGUUGGAGAGGCUGAUCGACGGAUUCUUGAAGAACGGACCUUUGCUUACAUAUCCACUGGCCUCUUCCCAAUAUGCUUACAAGGAGGGCAGAUCCAAAUACUGCUUUGCACCACCUUGUGAGCGGGGUCGAGAGGCAAUUGGAGGCAAAAGGAUAUGCCCUGGGCGUCUUCCUGGAUUGAGGGAGCUUUUGAUAGCAUCUCAUAUGAUGUAA